AUGGGUGCACCACAUUCGCCUGGUUGUUUGUUGGAUGCUAUGCAACGACUUUGUGAUGAGGCUCGCAGUGACUUUUUGGGUCUCUAUCCGCAUCUGAUAAAGAACGGCAAUGUUCCAGUGUGUUUCUGCUUCUAUAUGGACGAUUUAGUCGUAGGAGCAGAUUCUGAAAAGCUCCUUAAUUUGGCUGUCAGGUGUCUUCUUCGUGUCUGUGAUCGGCACGGCUUCAACUGUAGUGAGAAGAAGAGGCAGAUAGGACCUCCUUGUGGUGAAGAUUCUGCUCAAAUUGGCGAUUCUGUGUUAAGGUAUAACUAUAACCGUAACAAGCUGGAUCCCUACUGGAAUGCUACUGUCUAUAAAGUCAUUUCGAUUCGUGGUCAAGUGGCUGCUAUCUCCAGUGAUCCUUUACGCUCCCAGCCUUUCUUUGAGUAUAUUGGCAAUUUGAAGCGCAUUGAUGUGUAG